CCCAAUCUCUACCUCCAGAGUCCCCAACCACGAUGGCUCCAGGAAUCGCCCCCAAGCCGGCGGCGCCGCUGAUGGCCGCACAGCCAAAGAAGCCUGGGCACAUGCUCGUGCUGGGCACCGGCUUCGUCGGCCGCUACGUCUCGGAGCGCCUCCUCGCACAGGGAUGGCGGGUGUCAGGGACGUGCACCAGUGCCGCCAAGAAGAUGGAGCUGGAGAAGCUGGGCAUGAAUGCUUCCGUCUUCGAUGCCACCAGAAGCAAUCUUGCGAAUCUUCAUGCUAUGCAAGAUGCAACCCAUUUGCUCAUCUCCAUUCCACCCAUCCCUGGAGUUGGUGAUCCUUUGCUUUCUUCACAUACUGACCUGCAAAGAACAUUGACGGAUGGAAAUCUUCAAUGGUUAUGUUACCUUUCUUCAACAGGUGUGUAUGGUGAUUGUGGUGGUGCCUGGGUUGACGAGGAUCGUGUAGUGAACCCAAACAAAGAGUCUUCCAAGUUAAGAUAUGCUGCUGAAGAAGGAUGGUUGGAUCUUGUGGAUGAGCUAGAUCUAUCGGCUUUUGUGCUUCGUUUGGGUGGAAUAUAUGGGCCUGGAAGAAGUGCUUUGGACACAAUAGCUAAGAGAAAAUCUUUGUCACGAACACAGAAAUUGAGGGAGUCCAAACAGUACACGGCGCGAAUCCAUGUGGCAGAUAUCUAUCAGGCUAUCCUGGCUAGCAUGGGCGUCAGAUCUGCAAGGAAAAUAUACAAUGUGGUGGAUGAUGACCCUGCCCCGAGAGCCGAGGUCUUUGCAUUUGCUCAGAGCUUAAUAGAGAAAAUAUAUCCUGAUCUCGCAACAGAUUCUGCAGGACCAGACAGUCAGGAUAGAAUAAUAGCUGGUGAAAAACGGGUCUCUAAUGCCCGAUUGAAAGAGGAACUCGGCGUUAGGCUUGUUCAUCCAUCUUACAGAUCAGGGCUGCAGAGUAUUCUUGAUUCUUGGCUAGCCGAGUCCACUACUUCGAGUAAAAUGUAGCAUGUGCACAUACACAGCCAGUAGCAUGUUUCUUUACUCCUGGUCCUGGGUUUGGAUCAUACAACCAGAACCUGUAAAUGAUACUGCCACUGACAUGACAGCAGGUGUACCCGAGACUGAAUGUUUGAACUAUGUUCUCAA